AAGUCUGGUCGUGAUAAAAAAUGAAAAUAAAAAACAAAAACCGACCUCUUCUAAAUUUUCCUCGGGUAUGGAGGCAAAGCACUUCCCUUUGCUAACUUAAAAAAUGUGGGCAAAAAAUUGGAGCUGGAAGCAUCGAAGAAAUCCAUUCUGGUGCGAUGAUCACGAGUUCAAAUCUCUGUAAUGUUCUCUGCUUUUCUGUUCAGAUCUAAUCUGUGAGACGCCCUCGGCAAUGUCGGCUUCGGCCAGGGUUUGGGUGGCCCUGCUACUAACCCUCCUUAUCUCAACAAAGGCAGCAAUAACAGCAGCAGCGGCGCCGUCUAUAUAUGGCCUGGACGCAGCUAUUUCCCAACGACGCAAGGUCGAUCCCGAGGUCUUGAACGACACAUUCCUGAGCCUCCCGGCCUCUAUCAGAAAAUCCCUCGCUCACGCAGCCCACUUCAACACUCGAGAUCGCAUCGGCUUCCUGAGCUCCUUAUCCGUCCUUCUCCCCAUCCAUGUCAAACUGGUGGGCUUUGAAAAUGACGAGCCAUGGCAGCUGCAGAAGCACAUCAACACCUACAUCUCAGCCAUUCACUCAGACUCGCAAGUCCACGUUAUCGGGGGUUCCGAUGCGGAACCUCAUGACCUGAUGGUCCGCAGCAAGCUUUCCCUUGAAGUGACAAAGCUGCCCGCGAGGGGGCUCACCGACCGCCUGAGCGAUGCCAUUCGCGCUAACAUGGAACCCUCCUCAGCGGUCAUGCGAUCGAAUCUCCACUCCGUACCCUACGCAGCCGUGGACGACAUAAUUCGCAGCGACAUGGAGUCUUCUUCAGAGGCCGCAUACGUUAUCUACCUUUUGAAUCUCAAGGGGCAGGAGAAACAGUAUGCGUAUUCCUAUUCGGCCAAAGAUUCGUCGCCUGGUUUCUCAAAGUGCCUGGGGACGCUGUGGAUGGGCAGAGCGCGUUACCUUUGGGUGGAUCUCAAGGCAGGUCCUGUAGACUACGGCCCUGCCCUUUCUGGAGAGGGCCUGCUGCCACGCGGCGAGUUUCAUCCCUUAGCAGCUAUGCAUUCGACUACCAAAACGCAAAAGGACUUUUUGGCAGAUCUUUCGUCUCUCAUCUGGUCCGCCGUUGGCUUUCUCUUCAUGCCCGCGCUGCGGAUUCCCGUCUACUAUGAACCUGAGUUGCUCGUGCAGUUUAUUCAUAUCCAUGAUGAGCGAGAAAUUGACAAGCGGGGGCUGGAUUGGGGAGCCAUUGAGGACACCUUCCUAGCAGAGGCUUCCAGAGGCGUUCUACUUGAUGAGCAGAAACUGAAAUUCAAGAAGUACAGUGUUCAAUUCUCAGCUUGUCCUGCCUGUGUUGCUGCCGUGUUUCGGUCCACGAGGUCUUUUACUUCAAGGUUUUUGUUUGAUAACUAUACUCUGCUUGUUAGCGAGUAUUUGGAUUCCAAAGCUCUGCAUCAAUCCCUGAAACAGGCCCAUGAUGACCUGGCCACAAUAGCUGGCAUUGGCUCUGAUGAUAAUUAUGGAAAAACCCUGCCAGUCUAUGUACUUGAUCUUGGCCAUGAUAGACCUCUUAUGCUGGACCGUUUCCACCAGGCAAUCGCAUUCAGAGAUAUGGUGGUUGCAGUGAGAUCCAGAUCUUCUCAGUCUGUGAGUGAUUACAAUUGCAAUGGCCGUCAUGUUAUAACCCAGGCCCGGAAUUUGGAGAGGCCAAUUGUUGGUGCCCUUUUGCAAAGUCUGUGGGGUGUGGCACCAACACAUUUGACCUGGAGUCCAAGGCAUAACCAUACUCUGGUAGAUUAUACUUGGAGUGUAGGCCAGACACCAUUUGGGCCCUUCUCAGAGAGCAUGUCACUGUCAUUUGUUCAGAAAGAUGCGGCACCGAGGAAUAUCCUCUUGACUACUUUGAAUUCAACAAUUUCAAGUGCAAUUGAUGUGCUUAGAUAUGUUAUUGACCAUGGAGGGGAGAAGAAGCUUCUUGGGCACAAGAGACACAUUGAAUUUACACAGAGAUGGAAUAUGUUAGAAUACAAGCUGGAUAAGGCAGUAUCUGCAAUAUCUCACUUUGAUUUCAAUUCAGCUCUAUAUUUCAUCAGGUCAUCAGAUCAUGAUCUGUAUGCCAUUCACACUCUUUUUUACCAAGCAGCAUCAGAAUUAGAGGCUUCACUUGUUUGUUUCAAGGAUCCACCUCUCCCAUGGGGUGUUGCCCUUACUCCUCUAGGGAUCUGUCUUGUUCUCUUAUAUGCAUUUAGAAGAAGAGAUCAGAUUUUCAGAAGUAAAAGGAAGCAAUUUUGAAUCCUUUCAAAGAGACAGUUAUAAUGCCGUCGGUUUUUCAAAUGAGAAGUUACUGUGUAGUCGGCCUGCUGAUUUUUACUCUGUGUAUGCUUUGCAGUUUAAUAAGAAUGUUCUUUAUAAAAUUUAAGAACUGAA